UGUGCUGUUUAUGGACCCAAUACAGUAUCGAAUGCAACAGCAAAGAGGUGGUUCCAACGAUUCCGUUCUGGUAAUAUGGAUGUCGAAGAUAAGGCACGCUCUGGUAGGCCAAUCGUCGAAAAUGUCGAUAAAAUCAUGGAAAUCGUCGAGUCGGACCAGCAUGUGAGCACUUAUUCCAUUGCCCAAGAACUGAAGAUUAGCCAGAAAACCGUUUGGAACCAUUUGCAUAAGGCUGGUUUCAAGAAGAAGCUCGAUGUAUGGGUGCCACACGAAUUGACGCAAAAGAACCUUUUGGACCGAAUUGAUGCCUGCGAUUCUUUGCUGAAACGUAACGAANGAUGCCUGCGAUUCUUUGCUGAAACGUAA